UGUGACUGCGCCCAUGCGCUAAUCAGCUGAUGCGCCGCAGCCGCUUGUAUUUAAAUACGGCUGCGCAGAGCUGUGGUCCAAAGUCAGCAUGUCUCCGUUUGACAGAACCUCGCAGCAGAACAAACCCUUCAAACAGAGGAAGAGCUUUGCUACCAGGAAACAGGAGGUGGCGGGGAUCAGGUCCAAAUUCCCGAACAAGAUCCCGGUGAUCAUCGAGCGCUACGGGAAGGAGAAGUACCUCCCUCCGCUGGACAAAACCAAGUUCCUGGUUCCACACGAACUCACUAUGACCCAGUUCGUCACCAUCAUCAGGAACCGGAUGGCGCUGUUGCCCAGUCAGGCCUUCUACCUGCUCAUCAACAACAGUGGCUUAACCAGCAUGUCCCUCACCAUGGCUCAGGUGUACAAGGACCACCAGGACGAGGACGGCUUCCUCUACAUGACUUACGCCUCUCAGGAGAUGUUUGGACACUGACUGGACUUCACCUUAGGUUUUAUUCUGCUGGGCCUUGGGCUGAACCUGCUGUAAAUACAAAAUAUUUUUAUAGAUUGUAAUAUGUUCCACAUGUUGACUGUAGGAUGGAGUUUUAAUGACGAUCCAAUAAAUGUUUCAUAUGGUUGUGAA